AUGAUAGCCGAUCGCGCUUCAGUCCCUCGUAGUAACUCGGGCUCCGACAGUCACCGGAGUGAUUCCUCGUCACCGGUCCCAGCAGCCGCGAUAGCAGCGGACGAUGGGGCUUCAGACGAUGACGGUUACCAUGAUGCAAGCGAUGAUAGCUCAAAUGCAUCUACAUCUUUGGCAUCAAGUGUUCGAGAUUACAACUUUGAGAAUAGGCGUCGCUACCAUAAGUUCAAAGAAGGCCGCUACAUGUUACCGAACGAUGAUCAGGAACAGGAUCGCGAAGACAUGAAGCACGCUAUGCUCGUGCAUGUAUGCGAGGGCGCUUUGCAUAAUGCUCCCUUGAAAAGCCCGCAAAGGGUCCUUGACAUUGGCACUGGCACUGGAAUUUGGGCUAUGGACAUGGGCGACGAGUAUCCAGAAGCCGAUAUCACUGGCCUUGACUUGAGUCCGAUUCAGCCUGCUUAUGUGCCACCAAAUGUGCAUUUUGUAGUAGACGACGUCGAGGCUGAUUGGCUCUACCCGGAUGACUCAAUUGAUUAUAUCCAUGUGAGAAAUAUGGCUCCGGCACUCAAAGAUUGGCCAAGACUGCUUUCGCAGGCUUAUAAAGCCCUCAGACCGGGAGGUUGGAUCGAGGUGCAAGACAUGGUGUGGGCGUUUGCUUGCGAUGAUGGCACAGUCGGCCCAGACUACGCUCCCAGGAAGACGAUGGACCUUCUGAAAGAAGCCUUGGACAAGUUUGGUGUGGACAUAGAUGUGGCCGAUAAGUUUGCCGACCGUAUUGAGUCCGCAGGCUUCGUCAAUCAAAUCCAUGAGGUCAAAAAGGUACCAGUGGGCACUUGGCCAAAAGAGCCUCAUUUGAAGACGAUCGGCAGUUACUGUGCUGCCGUCAACUACGACUCCUUGGGGGCAGUGACGAACGUGCCGUUUACAAAGGGAUUGGGCUGGACCCAGUUGGAGAUCGAGGUUUUCUUGAUUCAAGUGCGCAAGGAUUUACUGGACAAUUCCAAUCACGCGUAUCAUUACUAUCACUCUUACUCUGGCCAGAAGCCUCUGGAAGCGGAGAGCUAG